AUGUUUUAUGUUAAUAUACUGCCCGAAUUCCUUACAGGCAUAGUUAAACUAACUAAUCUUAGGCAUGUAAAUAAUGGUAACUGCUCAUCCCCAAAAUAUCUAUCUAUCUAUCUAUCUAUCUAUCUAUCUAUCUAUCUAAAUACAUUCAUUAUUUCUCUACCCCAAUCUAUCUAUCUAUCUAUCUAUCUAUCUAUCUAUCUAUCUCAAGCUGUUCAUAUCUAUCCAUCUAUCUCAAAAUGUUCAUAUCUAUCUGAAGAUAUGUACAUAUCUAUUCAUCUAUCUCAAGAUGACCAUAUCUGUUCAUCUAUCUCAAGAUAUUCAUAUCUAUCUAUCUAUCUCAAGAUGUCUAUCCAUCUAUCUCAAGAUGUCUAUCCAUCUAUCUCAAGAUGUCCAUAUCUUUCCAUCUAUCUCAAGAUGACCAUAUCUGUCCUUCUAUCUCAAGAUGUUCAUAUCUAUCCAUCUAUCUCAAGUUGCCCAUAUCUAUGCAUCUAUUUUUUGAAAAGUUUAAAACAUUCUGUUUUUCAUUCUUUAUUCGCAAACGCAAAUAUCCGCAUUUUUUUCUCAAAUUCUGCUGAUGUACAAGAAUAUAUUUGA